GUAUUAAACCAGAAAGGUUUGAAAGGGCCUGCAUCAGCAGCAUGGUCAAUACUGGUGCUGAGGUCCUGAAGGGCAGAGAUCAUGGUGUGGGCGGUUGUGCACUUGCUGGCCGGACUUUUGCUUGCAGCUUUGUUCGACCUCUCUCUGGGCGCUGCAUUCGGCCGUGAUAGGUGGCCAUACCCUCUGGCGCUAACAUACGAGGUGCUGCUCUUGCUUAACGUGCCUGUUAACAAGAACGCUUGCUACCUGGUCAAGAAUUACCUGUAUUUGAGCGCCUUGGUGUCCAUCAUUCCAGCAAUAUGCCAAGAGUCUGUCCCAUGGUGGUUGCCUCCCUUGCUCGCUAUCCUCCUCUGUGUCCACUUACUUGGUUUCAGGAGAUGGUCGGUGCGCUUCGUAACGGCAGCAUUAGUUUGCGGCAUUUUCCUUAAAGACAAGGCUCCACGUGCCCACUUCUUCCUGUUUUGGAUUGGGCUGGGACUCGUGGACAUGCUAAAACCAGUUGAUUCAGUCGCUGCUUUGGGCACUCUCUUAGUCCACGCAAAUGUUAGCCCCCAAACGAGCAGAUUGGUAGUAGCAGCAUGCAGCAUUGGCUGCGCAGGCCUCUUGCACCUGGUGCAUAAUUGGGACGUCAAGGGAAUGCUUGGCGAGAAGCUCGCGGGGGCGCACUGGCUACAUGACGGAAAGGUCGGGAAGCUCCGGAGCAUUUUCACCUUGGGGGUGGUGACACCAUGGAGCUCUGUCACCUAGAUGCGGCUGCAGCAGGAGACAGCCUGGGCAGCGCUAGGCCUCUGCUUUGAAGUUUUGCAUGGGCCCAAAACACGCGCGUGGAUUGCAGCCAGAGUGGAGCAAGAGAGGAGCAAGGCUGCAGAGUACCAGUUGGACUGCUAUAUUCACGCCGACAAUUGUCACGAAGCGCCGAGCUUCGACCAGGACCCUGAAGACACCGAAGACCUCAGCUUUCUGUGCUCAAAAGCCAGUCUCUUUGCAUUCAUUCAGCGGCGCCCUCUCAGCGAGGCGUACAUGGUUGAGAUCUUCAUUAGGAGCGAGCUGCACGUCAAAGGAAUGCAAUGGCAGGACGCAGUGAAAGUCUUAGCGCAUCUCAGCUACCUCAGAAGCCCCAAUGUGCCGUAUGCGGACCGAUUCUACCUUGCUCUCAAGCUGCUGAAGUGGUGCCGGUCCGCUUUGGAAAAGGAGGCGGACUCCCUGCACAUGUGCGACGUGGAAGGCAGUUUUGCAGGCCUCGGAAAUCUGGCAAGCGGCGACGCAAAGAUAGGCUUCUACUUCUCAAGCGAGCGCCUCUUCUCCAUUGUCGCGGCAAUCCUGAACCCGUCCCCAAGUCUAGCAGCAAGUUGCACGCUCGCAGGAAACGAAAGCUUCCAGAACUUCGAGCAGCCCUUUGAGCACUACGACUGCGGGUACCGGAGAUCAGAACUCUGCGAUGCCCGGAAGAGACUCAGAGCUUCAAUUGGUUCAAAUUGCGCAAGAAAUGAAAGAGCGUCUGCAGUUUUGCCUAGGACAAUUUUGGCCGCUUUGGACGGCGAACCUUUGGGGCCGUCAUUCAAGAAUUGGAGAAGCUUUACAUGGUCUUACGCUGUUCACUGGGCCCAGAGAACCUUAGAGACCGGUGACAUUGCCGAACAUCGGGAGCUCCUUCAGUGUUGCACGUCUUUCAGAAAGGUUCAGCAGACAAUGCAAAACAAGACGAAAGAAUGGAUACGCAAGUAUCGUGUGGGGGUCUGGUACCGCUUGCUCACGUCAGCGGUGCGCUUGAUCAGCAGUCUCAGCAUAGAUGACAUCAACCACAAUUGGCUACUAGAGCAAGGGGCGCUUCAAGCCUUGAAGAAGAUUCUGCAGUUCUUGCCGGCAGACAGGAUGCGGAGCGCGCAGCAAGAGGCGGCGCUGUUCAUCUACCGCCUCUUCGAGAAUCAGAGGGUGCACGUUAUCGUCCGCCAGUCCCCGGCUUUGAUGGUGACAACCGGCGAGAUCAUCUCCGCGCUUCGAGCCAUCGACAACGACCUGUUUGGCGAGGGGUGGGGGACGCGAAUUGGAACACAGCUAUACGAAGAGCUCGUCGGAGGAGCGAGUCUGGACAAGAAGAGCAGUGGGACGGACGGCCGAUCUGCUCGACUCGGUAGCGCCAGCGCAUCAUCUUCGUCGAGGCGCCACCCGGUGAAAGGAGCGCGGCAUCAGAAGGCUAGCAAGAAGAGCGUGAAGUGUGCACGAGAGGGGUGCAGCUUGGAGCGGCAAUCUGGGGUGAAGCUCAAGAUCUGCGCUGGAUGUAGGCAAGUUCGAUAUUGCUCAAAGGAGUGCCAAAUAGCAGAUUUCCCUUCGCACAAACUCGUUUGCAAGUCAGAAUAGCAGCGCGUGAAAGCAAGUCUUGAUUCGAGCGCAACAAGAUUUGUAGGGAAGAAGCAGAUUCUUGCUAUAUGUUGGAUGUUCAUAUGCAUGAUCAGUCGAAGGCAACGAACCAUGACAAUCUUUAAGCGGCAGAGAUAUCGAUCGGAUAUAGGGGAUGUACUUUAUAAGUGUACAGAUUCUCCGCAGGAGCUUCAAAGCCUGUACUGAACGCCUUCCAUAAUAGAUAGA